GGGCUCAUUUGUUACGAGUGGAUGCGGUCUUGAGUCUUUCCCCUUCCCAGGGUACCUCGCGCCAAAUCCGCCCUCCAUGUUGAAAAAAAUGACGAUAUUCCUGUAGAGUUCGUGUUUGCUUUGAAUUUUACUGCGGAUUUACUCAUUUUCCGUGGACAACAUGAGCUGGGGAAAAGAGUUGUGGGAUCAGUAUCACAGAAUACAGAAGCAGACGCAGGACGGGAUCGAGUUCUGUGAGAGGUACUGCCAGUUUGUCAGGGAUCGCUGCUCCAUUGAACUGGAAUAUGCCAAAAAGCUCAGGAGCCUGGUAAAGAAGUAUCAGCCCAAGAAGAAAGAUGAAGAUGACUACAAGUACUCAACAUACAAGGCGUUUGCCAGCACGCUUAACGAGGUUAACGACAUUGCAGGGCAGCAUGAGGUCAUCGCUGAGAACCUCCUGUCAAAUGUCGUCAAAGAAAUAGCUUCUCUUGUCACCCAAAUAAAAGCAGAAAAGAAAAAGCAUGUAACAGAAGGCAAUAGUCUGGAGAGCAAGUACGAUUCUGCACUCAAGGAUCUAGAAAAGUCGAAGAAAAAUUACGAAAAGCAUUUCAGAGAAGCGGAGCGGGCGCAGGGUCAAUACGAGAAGGUAGACAACGAUAACAACGUCACAAAAGCUGAUGUGGAAAAGGCCCGUGUAACUGCUCAGCAGAAAACCCAGACCAGUGACCAAUGUAAGAGUGAAUAUGCUGCCCAGCUACAGCAGACAAACAAGUACCAGAGUGACCACUUUUCUACAUACAUGCCUGCAGUCUUUCAGCAACUCCAAGAAAUGGAUGAGCAGAGAAUAACCAGGAUGGGGGAGGUCAUGGCCAAGUUUGCAGAGACACAGAGACAGGUCAUCCCAAUCAUCGGCAGAUGUCUGGAUGGGAUCACCAACGCUGCCAACAGUGUCAACCCUCAGCAGGAUUCACAACUUGUCAUCUCUCGCUACAAAUCUGGGUACGUCCCACCCGGAGACCAGCCUUUUGAGGACUUGAGCGCAAACGGUGGCAACCUGCCAAAAGUACCGUCUCAGGAGAGCAUACGGCCUGGCACCGAGAGGAAAAAGACCAAAACCAGAGACAUGCUCAAGGGCCUGUUUGUAACAUCAAAGGCAAAACCUUCUGAUCUGGAGAGCAUGCCCCCAGAGCAGAGAAAGAAACACAUCCAGAAAGAGCUAGAGAAACUAGAGAAGGAAGUGAAGAAAAAGACUGACGAGAGAGACGCUAUGACCAGAAUGAGAGAGCUCUACACACAGAACCCAGCGCUGGGGGAUGCCUCCAGUAUCCAGGCCCAGCUAGAGGAAAACGGGAAAGAAUUAGACAGGUUACGGCAAGAUCUACAUAAGUGGGAGAGGAGAAAGCAGAAGGUUCAACUGUGCAUCAAGAACCUCCUGUCGGAAGCGGAAGGCACGCCCACCCUGCCCACCCCACAGACCAACAGAUCGGUCAGCCAAAUCAGUAACCUGUCCACCGCGAGCUCCACCCUCUCCCCCAACGGUAACGCCAUGUCCCCCAACAGUAGUGGAGCCUCUCCCAACAGACACAGCACCAGUGCCAGCUCCAUCUCACCUAUACAGAGGUUUACCCAAAUGUUGUGUUUCCCUGUCCUGGGACCCCCUCCUCCAACCCCCCAGGUUAACAGGAGGAGAAAACGUGUCCAGCAUCCCCCCAUACGAGCCCAGCAAAUAUCCCACCCAUCUAUGAACGAUGACUCAUCUAUCUACCACUCGGUUACGGAGCCUGCAUCAGAGGAGAGCCUGAGUCGGGAGCCAUCUAAGGGCCUGACCAGAACAGACUCUUUCGAUGGGGAGGAGGCCUAUGGGGAUUACGAUGAAGAACAAGCAAUUGGAAGAUGUCGAGCCUUGUAUCCCUUUGAAAGCUCAGACAGUGAUUUUAGUAACGGUUCUAACCAAGACAGUGAGGAUGACAUUAUCCCCAGUGUUAACAUAUUUGAGGAGCCCAGACCAAGAAAAGAAAGGCCACUGUUCAUAUACUGUGGUCGAGAUGGCGCUGACAGUGACAUAGACUACACCACUGGCACCAGUGUUGUUGAUGGGCCAGGUUCAGGGCAGGGCAAGUCACUACAGUCCUUUCAGGCUAGUUCUCCAUUUGAGGGUGACAUAGACAUUACCGUAGGCACCAGUGUGGUUGGUUGUGCUGCCCCUAGACCAGACAGGCCUUUAUCAUCCUUCACAAAUAGUCUUACGAAUGAGGGUGACACAGAUGUGAUCACAAAUGACCCUCUUCAACAAGUUCAAGAUGACCCUGUCAAUGAUCAACAACUCUCUCUACCUUCUGUUCAAAGUAACAUUGAAGUUGUUGCUGGGAAUGUGACCCACAUGGGUGAUGGUGGUGGGGAGAGGUUAUCUGAUGAUGAUGAUGUAUUUGAUGAGGAGCCUGUACUUGGCAGGGGCAAGGUUCUGUACACUUUCCAAGGUGACAGUGAAGGGACAAUGUCCAUCCAGGAGGGAGAGAUUAUCGACUUCCUCAGCGAGGACGAUGGCGGAUGGACGAAGGCAAGAAGGCCGACCAAUGGGGAGGUUGGAUAUGUCCCCACUACGUACCUAGAGGUGGAGUUUCGCUACUAACCUACCGACGUGCAAGCAUCUUGCACCAACAUAUUAUAUUUAUAGCCCACGACAGCUGUUAUAUUGCAACACACUGCUCUGUUAUAGAAGCAAGGGGAGCUGCUUGCUAGUGUUGGAUGUGUUGUUGUAUAUUUAUCUGAAGUCUGAAAUAUUACAUUGGCUGGAACUUGAUGUUCUUACCUAUAACAACUGUACAUGUUGUACAGCUAAAUGUGUGUGUACAUUCUCUGAUGUAUAGCAUUGACAUGUAAGACAGUACCUUUGGAACAGUACACCAGUCUAGAAGUAGUUGGCAUCUAUUAUACUGUAUGAAGACUUGCCAACAUGCAUGGGGCAUGAACUAUUGAAUGUAAAUCACUUUUGCACAAACUGCUCAAAUAUGAAAUUUCAAGUUAGGAAUGACAAGUCCUGAAUUGCUUAAUAAACAGAUACAUUCUAAAACUUUGCCACCACCAUCGACUUCUUUCACGAGGCUCCUGCUGAAUCUUUAAAUGCUGCAUGGCAAUCUGUUUUGAACUGUUUGUGUUUUUUGUGCAAGGAUAGUUAAACAAUUUUCCAAGUACAAUCUAAAGACAAACUGCCAAAACUCCAAACUACACAGUCAGCAAUUUUCUUCUCCUUUGUAACAAAGAAAUUAAGUACAAAUCUAAGCUAAGCUUUUACCCCUUGCGGUAUUUAGCUAUGCUGAGCAUCCUGCUUUCUACUUGACUUCGUUUUCUUUGCAAAGUGACAACUAUUAUGUCUUUCAUGUACAUCGGUCUGGUGAUAGACUGAAGAAGUUGAAAAAGGAGCAAAUGAAAUUCAGACUGCAUCACACAAUACACAGACUGUCAUACAUCACAUAUUCUCCAGAUCUAAAAGUCAUUACUAGAAGGUCUCAUUUUUAUGUGCAUAAUGUCACAAUAGGAACAAGUUGUGUAUCUCUCAAUACAAAUGUAGAUAAGUAAUAAUUUGAUUAUGAACUAUUGGGAAAUACUACUAUUCAUAUGACACAUAUUAGCUUGAACUCCAUAUGAUAACCCUAGACUACAAAGACAGUGUGAAGACUAUUAACAUUGCUGUAUAUAUUUUAUGUAAACCUGUGAUUGUGGAACAACAUGAAUCUAGCCUAGCUGCAUCAGUAGGUUCUGUGCUGCUCUUUCCUGUUGCCUUUUUAAAGAAGAGUGUGUUGCAUAUCUUUAAGCUCCAUAUAGCACUACUAGUCCAUGCCAGCACUUCUGAGAAAUGUAGCUUUGCUCCUCUCCCUCUACAUUUAUCCAGAAAAAGAAUAUCAAAGAAAUGAAUGACUAAUGUAAUUGGUGUGGCCGAAUGUAGUUCUUUCUGUAGACUGCAAUACACCCUCUGUGGCUAGCCUAUACGCUUCACAAAGCUAUGACAUCUGUAUAAAACCAUGCUUUGCAUAGCUCUUUAGGCUGUUAACAUCUUUCAUCAGUUUUCUCUGAGAGACAUUUGCAUAAAAAACAGCAGUUACAUUGUAUAUGUACAGAUUGUUACAUACGUGUACAAAUGUGAUAUCCAUAUACAGUGUACUUGAAACUACAGAAUUUCUCAGUGCUUUUCUAGCUGUAUUUGCAUAAUAUGGUAAACUGGUUUUGGAAAGGUUUGUCUAGUAUGGUACUCAUAAGCUUCAUAAAAUGUUAACAGUGUAAUUUCUGAUGAAAAUAUGAAGCCUUGCUGAUUUGAGAGGUGCAAUUUAAAAAUGCAUGUAAAAAAAACUCUUACUGGUUAGCCUUUGCAGCUAGACUGUAGCCUGAAAAUGAGCCUUUUUCAGCUCCUGCAUUUGCUACCCUGCCAUGAACUGCAAAAAGGUCUCUUGCUAUGGAAACACUCCCUAUCUAUAUUACCACACACUAUGUCUUAUGUGUUAAACAUUCUUUUUGCAUGUAUCUGAUAUCUAUGUUGCCUACUUUGUACAUAAUCACAAGAUGAUAUUUGUUGAUUGGCUUUUUUUAUGUAAUAUGUAUUUGGUACAUAUUCACCUAUGUGUUCAGUUAUUUGGUUUUAUAUGAAUUAACAAUCAUUUUGUAGGAGUUGGCACGCUGUAUGGUACAGUAAUAAAAGCAUAUGUUAUGCUUGUAGUACAAUUUUUAUCACUAGCUAUACCACAUGUAAUUGUGAGAAGUCUUGAUAAUGAAUGCUUUGUGGAACAAAAAUGUUGACCACCAAUUAUUAAAUUCACUUUGUUACACAUAAAGUUUAAUUUAUGUCCCAUUUUUGGCAUGGCAAAGUUGAUAUUUGCUGUAUAAAGUUAUCGCAUGUAGGUAGUAAAACAAACAUACAUGGUGUCAGACAGCUGUUGAUCCCAGUAAUCUUUGUACUAAAAAUGUGGCAGAUUUUUUUUCAAUUACAAAUUUUCAAAAGUAUGGGUAACCCAACCUACUCACCCGAUUUGUACGUGUAUUUCUACAAUAUUACAGAUGAGUAACGAUUCAUCCAGCUUUUUUUCAGUUUUGAUAAAUCGUGCAUGCUUAUGUUGAUAUAUAUAUAUAUAUUCGAUAAGUUUCACUGUGUGUAACAAUGCCAUGGGUUUUACAGACAUGUAUUCAGAGUAAGAUUGUUACUCUUCAGGAAAAGGACUGAUACAAAGUUGUAUGCAUAGAUAAGUCAUAUAGUUAGUCCUAGCUCUAGUAUAGCGCUAUUGUUUAAGUAGUCUAUUCCACAUGACGUUGUAGAAUGCACUGAUGCGAACACACUGUUCCAAUAAUCAGUUAAGUAAGGCAUUUGAUUACAUUUUAUACAGAGCAUAUGUAUACUAAGACAGGUGCUUGUUUUUCCAGUCACAUAUAAACCAUUAAUUGGAAGUCAACAGUGUGCAAGGAAAUGUGAUUGUUGAGCAUGUGGUAUAACACAGGGAAGGGCAACACUCAUAUAGUUAAUGGAAUGGCUAACCAAAAUAUUGGAGAUAAGAAUUUUUGUAUGAUGUCUUGUAAAUGAUGGAAGGGUAGCUGGAGGGUGAAUAAAGUUUGUGGAACUACUGUUA